UACGCCACCUUUUUUUUUUUUUUUUUUGUUCUCUCUCUCUCUCUCCGUGUAUUUGCACCGUCACGAUCGGGGAGACGCGCGCAAGAGGACCGGAGCCGCGCGUCAUCGUGGAUGACACCGGGGGAAGUGCGCGGCGUGUGUGCUCGUUUAACCCUACCGAUCACCAGAAGAACUGCGGGGCCGGCGGGAGAGAAAAAAAACUGACACGUGGAUUACUCCUCCUCAGUCAUCAGGGGGGGGGACACACACACACACACACACACCCGGACACACGCCAGCAGGCUUAGUUCCGCGGGCAUCGUCCCGCUGGUUACGGAUCAGACUUUCGUGUUCAGAUAUGGUUUGUAACUUUGUAUCGACGUUGACUUUUGACGACUCCGUGGACCGGAAACAAAGUGACGAAAAAGCGACCCGACGGAUGAGAGGAAGGAGCCGCCGAUAACUCGCGUGUUGAAUGGCAGUUAUUCAAAAACAUGGCAAGAAACACAGUCCCGACCUGGUGUGCCAGAAGGAGGGCCCCCCGCCCGACAGGACCGGAGCCCCCGGGGGGCACAAGAAGUGGUCCGAGCACAACAACACCACCUGGUCCAGACCAGUGGCAAGGGUAUGGACGGGCGUGCUGCUGCUCGGGACGUGCCUCCUGUACUGCGCCCGCGUGGCGAUGCCCAUCUGCUCCGUCAGCAUGGCGGAGCAGUUCAAGUGGAGCAAGAGGGAGUCCGGCAUGGUGCUGGGCAGCUUCUUCUGGGGCUACUGCUUCACCCAAGUCUUCGGAGGCUACGUCAGCGACCGCGUUGGAGGGGAGAAGAUCCUCGUGCUGUCGGCGGCGGCCUGGGGGUCGAUGACCGCCUUCACCCCGAUCCUGGCCCACUUCUGCUCCCAGCCCAUCUUCUCCAUGACGCUGUCCCGGUUCCUCAUGGGCCUGUUGCAAGGGGUGCACUACCCGUCCCUGGCGAGCCUGUGCUCCCAAAAGGUGGUGGAGAGUGACAGAGGCUUCCUCAUGAGCACCGUGGCCAGCGGCUCCUACCUGGGCACUCUGGUGAUUGGCGGCGCCGGCUCGCUCAUGCUGGACCUGUACGGCUGGGAGAGCGUCUUCUACGUGUCCGGCCUGCUCUCGGUCCUGUGGGCCUACUGCAUGUGGAAGUACCUGCUCAAAGGAGAAGGCCCCAUCAUCACGCUGGAGUCCCUGGGGAGUGGAGGCUCCCAUUCCAAACUGUCCAAAAGACACUGGCUGAGGCUCCUUAGACAACCGGCAGUGUGUGCUGUGAUCAUCACCCACCUCUGCACAGCCAGCACCUUCUUCACUCUUCUGUCCUGGCUGCCCACCUUCUUUAAGGACACUUUCCCCGACGCCAAGGGUUGGGUGUUCAACGUGGUGCCCUGGCUGGUGGCCAUCCCCUCGUCCCUGUUCAGUGGCUUCCUGUCGGACCACCUCAUCGCUCAAGGUAGCUACGACACCGCCUCCGUGAGGAAGAUGAUGCAGUUUUUCUCCAUGGGCGUGUCCAGUGUGUUUACCCUCCUCCUCUGUGGCAACACCACCUUCGCCUGGGCCGUAGCCUUCGUGUCUGCCACCAUGGGCUUCACCACCUUCAGCCACAGCGGCGUAUCUGUAAAUGUUCAGGAUCUCGCUCCGUCCUGUGCUGGAGCUUUGUUCGGUGUCAUGAAUACGUGCGGGGCGUUCUCAGGGGUCCUGAUGGUGUAUUUCUCGGGGUAUCUCAUCGAGACCACGGGCUCCUGGACGUCCGUGUUCGCCCUCAUCACCACGGUCAACCUGCUGGGCCUCUGCACCUUCCUGGCGUUCGCCGAGGCCCGCCGGGUCGACAUCGACCCGAGCAAGGCCCGCUACGCCAACAUCCACAUCUGAGCUAGCGGCCCAUCGGAAGGGCCGACGGGACCCCCCCUCCCCCCCCCCCCCACCCGAGGGAGACACGGAUAGAGAUCGGCACACGCAGAAAGCCAGCGUAUGAGAUCUGGAAAGCUCUUUUGAUCGGCGGCUACGUUUCUGGCUGAGAAGGAACCGCAGAGUUACCAAUAAGCACACGGCAGAACCUGCUCACUCACCGACGUGUAGAACCCCCCCCCACCCCCAGAUGUGUUCAUUCAAGGGUGGAGUGGGACAGCAGACGACCCUCAGCUGGUGGUGGAAGGUGGCGAGUUCACGCUCGUCAUUCGACCCAGAACGUGUUACUUAGUGCGGGGGACGUCAUGGAGACACCACCUAUUGUCAUACGUGGGAGGGACGGACGCUGAGACAGUAGUGACAUAUCGGUGGUGUGUGUUCUGACCCUGCGGGUGGGUGGGGGGACGGGGGGGCACCUGAAGUCUUUUAAUAGUCGCUGUCUGAAGGAUACGUCAAUACGCGAGCCGCUAAUUACCUGCCGCUUUAAUGCCCUCUUCCAUUCACCUGCUACGGUCCUCAUCUCCAUGGUUACAAGCUCAUCUUAUUGUUGCAGUCGAGGAGGGGGGGGGGG